AUGCCACACCGAAGUACAGUAUUGUCGGCUCCAUUGGCGGAGUGGCAGCACCAGCUGCUGACAUGGCAUGCGGGGCAGGCAGGCGGCGGGAGGGACGCACUGAGGGAGCAGAGGGCGGGGAGCGAGGAGGAAUGGCCUGGGGAGGAGGGGAGUGGCAGCGAUGCAAGUGGUGGAGAUGGCAGCCGUAGUAUGGGGGAGGUGGUGGGGCAAGCAGGUGCAGUGGGGGGGAACGGGAGGGAAGGCAAGGAGGAGGAGAGCGGGCGUGAAAGGGCGGGGACGCAUGAAAGGAGGUCAACGGGUGCUGGUGGAGGGGGGGCAGAAGGGGGAGCGUUGCACGUGGGGAGGGGCGGAGGUGCUUUCCACGGCAGACAGGCGGACUCUCACGCAGGAUGGGGUGGGGGCGACUCACAUUUAGGGUGGGGUGGGCCCGACUUACUUUCAGGGUCGGGUGGGGCGGACAAGGGUGACUCUCUGCUCGCUGACUUCCUCCCUGUUCUCGACCCGCUUCGCCUGCCAUCUCUCUUCCAAUCAGCUGCUGCCACCUCAGCCUCUUCGGAGACCUCUGCUCCACCGGGCCUGCAUGCCACGUCAGCAGCAGGGCAGGAGGACGUGGUGAGAGCUGGAGGGUUCCAGUUUUCAGCGCGCACAACUGAUGCGGACGCAGGCAGGGCAGGGGGAGGCGCAGAGGAGGGCAGAGCGGGGGAGAGCAGAGCUGGCGAGCAGCAAGGGGCGGGCCGGGGGAGACAGCUGAAGCAACAGCGCAGCGAGCAGGUGGCGCAGGGCGGAGGGCGAGACAAGAGAAGCAAGGCAGCAGAGGGAGGGGGAGGUGGAGGUGGAGGGGGAGGGAGCGAGGCAGCACAGGGGGGCCCGAUCACGGAGGGCGGGAUGAGUCUGACAGAGCUGUCGUCCGCAGUGCUGUCGGGGUCGCUGCUGUCUGAAGCCCCUCUCGGCUCCCCCGUGCUCCUCCGCGUUGCCUUCUCCUCCGGCCCCAAGGCAGGCCUCCACGCCGUGCAGCAGCCACCGCAGCAGCAGCAGCAGCUUCAGAAGGGGGAGGCGGGAGCAGCAUCAGCAGCACCUGGGGGUGUGUCGUCGCCCUUCUUCCGCCUGUCAUCACAGGUGGACCUGUCACAGUCACGCGUGCAGCUGUUCGGUCCCAUGCCGCACUCGCGCCGCCGCACCUUCCCCCUUGCCGUCACCCACGCCACUGAUGCUGCGGGCGGGGAGGUUCUCACUGCCAACUUCACAGUCAAGCUGCCAGGAGCGUACAGUGUGAUGGUGGUGGUGGCGGACACACAGGGCAACCGCCUCAAGUUCAAGGCGCCCAACUUCUUCCGCUCCGCCAUCCCCCUCCCCGCCGCCCUCCUCCCCGCCGCCUCCACGCCGCUCUCCCCCAUCAUGGCGGCCGCACCUGCAGCGGUGGCGGGGCAGCAGGCGCAGAUGGCGUUUGCUCUCGUCAGCUCGGACGGCACGCAGAUCCCUGCCACCGACGCUGAUGUGAUUGUUGCCAGUGUGACAAAAGUGAACGGUGCCGCUGGUACCAGCAGCAGCAACAGCAAAAGCAGCAGCAGCGGUGACAGCGGCGGUGGUGGGGAGGGCAGUGAGUGGGGGGAGGGGCCAUCGGGGGUGGGAGUGGAGGUGGAUGGGGCCUCAGGGCUCAUCGUCCUGCGCUUCACCCCACCCUCUCACGGCGACUACUCCCCCACCCUCUCCCUCAUCCGCGCCCAGCAGACCAUCAAUCUCCAAAACCCUCCACCCUCACCCGCCUCCUCUCCCUCCUCCGCUUCCUCUGCUGCCUCGUCCGCGCCCUCCUCUCCCUCCUCCUCCUCCUCCUCCUCCUCCUCCUCCUCCUCCUCCUCCUCCUCCUCCUCCUCCUCCUCCUCCUCCUCCUCCUCCUCCUCCUCCUCCUCCUCCUCCUCCUCCUCCUCCGUGCUCCUACAAGUAGCGCCAGGCGAGCCCAGUGGGGACGCCUCAGGGCCACUGCUGGUGGCGGCGCAGGAGGUGGCGGUGGGGCAGACGGGGCGCCUCACAGUGUACGUGCGCGACGCCAUGGGCUCCGACCUGCCCGCCGAGCCCCUCCUCUCGCUCUUCUCCGCGUCCUUCUCAGUCGCCUCUAACUUCUCCCAGCAGCAGCUCACCUACCCCGCUACCCUCACCCUCUCUGCCUCCCCCUCCUCGCCCACCUCGCCCUCCAAUUCCUCCUCCCUGGACGUCACAUUCGAUACAGGCACACUCGCAGGGGUGGCGUCUCUCUCGGUGCUUCUCUCAGGCCGGCACAUCCGAGGAAGCCCGUUCCCCUUCACAGUGCUCCCCGGCCCUCUGCACCCGCCUUCCUCGCUGCUAUACGGGCCAGGGGCGCAUGGAGCAGUGCCGAAGUUCCCAGCGUUUCUGCAGCUGCAGCUGAGGGACGCGUGGGGCAACGUGCUGCUGGCAGGGGGCGCAGGGCAGGACGUGCAGGUGGGAGUGGUGCCCGCAGCACAAGGGGCCGCAGCAGCAGCAGCGCUGGUGGGUGCAGGGGGGAACGGAGCGGUGCAGAGGGGUAUGCCGGCGGUGGCAGAGGGUACGGCAGUGAGUGUGGUGGACAGCGGCAACGGCUGCUACUCCAUCUCCUAUCGUGUCACCAAGCCCGGGGCCUAUGCUAUCCUUGUGACUGUGGGCGAUGUGCUUCUGCAGAACGUGACUGUGGCAGCAACCCCAGCAGUGGACGUCAGUGCAGGCAGCGCUGCCGCCCAGCCCACGUGUGUGGUAACCGCAUCGCCCGCCUCCGGCCCCAUGCAGCAGCUGCUCGCGUUCGCGCCACCUCUCGUCCAAUCAGGCGCCGCCAUGUGGCUGCGCAUCGUGGCAGUGGAUGCAGCAGGCAUGGCAGCUGUAUCCGACCCUGCUGUGCUCUCCGCCAAUCUCUCCCUCACACUGCUCUCCACACAGGGGCAAGUGGCUGACAUCACUGCCACACCCGUCGUUCCCUCCUUUGGGGGCAAGCCCAUCCCCGCGCUGUGGCAAGCGCAGGUUACAGUUCCGGUGGCCGGCAGCUUUGUCCUGAUCUGCACGGAGUGCCUGGGGCGGGCGAGCAGCAUGGUGGUGAAGUCAGGCCUGCCGCUGCAGCUGCUGCAGGGGGAUGCAGCUGGGGGGGACAAUGCUUCCUCCUCUGCUGCCCCCUCUGCAGCUCCCUCUGCCCUCUCUGCCAGUGCUGCAUCAGCUGCAGAGCCAAGCAAUGGGUUGGAUGAGAUCACUCUUGCUGCUCACACGCACUUGCACAAGCACAGAGCACCCGCUGUCACUGCCAGUGCUGCCAGCACAGAGGCUGACAGCACUGAGGCAACGGAUGGCUCGUCGGUGUCGGCUCACCAUGCUCUCUUUCCCUCCCUCCCUUCCACCCAAUCCAUUGUCGCCCCGCCAUCUCCAGCAACCUUUUGCAGCAGCAGCAGCAGCAGCGAUGCCUCCUCUGCACUGCAUGGCCGCACCCUGCAGACUGCUGUUGACACUGCCAGUGCCAGCACCAGCAGCAGCAGCAGCAUCAAGGGUGCAGUGGCAGGGGUACAGGACACAAACUACGGGCUCAUAUCCGGCACACAGGGCUCCUUCUCUCUCACCGUCCUCCCCGGCCCCACCACCGCCGCCCGCUGCUCCUUCGCCCUUGCCCCAGCCCCCGCCUUCGGCCGCGUUGUCGUGGUGAGCGGCGCCGUUCGUCUGCCUCUGCACGCCAGCGACAGCAGCGGUAACCAGCAGAGUUACAGCCUCAGCCGCUACCCGCCCUCAGCAGAUGCUUUCUCAGUUGUCGCCUCCCCUGCACCCGCCUGCCAGCCCCCCAAGGGGCAGGCUGUACCUGUUGCAGGGGACGUGGCGUUCGGAAGGCUACAGGCAGGGAGCUUCGAUGCUGAACUCAACUUCACCCGGGCAGGCGAGUAUACAGUGCAGGGUUACCUGGGGGAGGUGGCAUUUGGGGCGAAGGCGGAGAAGUUCAUGGUGCUGCCGGGGGAGGUGGACCCGGGGGAGAGCUAUGUGGACGGGGGGGAUGUGAGGGAGGCGGAGGCGGGCAGUGUGGUGGCUAUGAGGCUGGUGCUGCGCGAUGCGCUGGGCAACACCGCCAUCCCCUACCACCUCCUGCUGCCCAACUCCUCCCUCUCCGCCCAACCCCCUGCCUCUGCCGCUGCUGCCGCCUCCUCCUCCUCGUCUGACCCUGCCUCUACCUCUGCCUCUGCCUCUGCCGCUGCCGCUGCCGCUGCUGCCCCACCAGCGGCAGUGAAGGCUCCAUGCUCCGUGGUGCUGAGGCUGGUGAACCUCACCCACCGCGCCUCCUGGUGGGGGGGGCUGUGGACGCAGGGCGAGGCGGAUGCGGGCGGGGGUGGUGGGGAGAGAGGGGGGAGUGCGGACGGGCAGGAGGAGGCAGGCACUGUGGUGAUGGCGGCUGUGGGGGGUGGGAAGCGAGUGAAGCCGACACAGGAGGGGGGGGAGCAGGUGGAAGAAGCGGGGGGGAUAGAGCCCGAAGGGGUGAAGUGCAUGUGGAGUGCUGCAUGCUUGCUGCCGCUGUGCCAGGCGCUCACUGCCUCCGAAUACGGUAUGCAGCAGGAAGCAUCAGGAGCAGCAGCACGAGGCACAGGCAGCAAGCGAGCAGCAGCAGACGGGGCAGGGGCAGGGGCGGCGGCUGGGUGUGUGUUGGACGUGCAAUUUGAAGCGCGCCAGGCAGGCAACUUCAGUGUGACGGUGCUGCUGGAAGGUUCCAGGAAGAAGCUGGUGUUCCCGGUGCCGCUGCUGCAGGUGGUGCCAGGUGCGCCCUCUGCAGAGCGCAGCACGGUGCAGCUCAACAGCAACUCCGCUGCUGCUGGCUCGCCCCCCAACGUCACGGUGGUGGCCAGAGACGCCCUGGGGAAUGAGAUCCGUGACUUUGACCCCUCCUCGCUGCUCUAUGCCAUCCUUCCCUCCAAUUCGCCCCCGGCUUCCCCCCCCCCUUCACCGCCCCCCUCCCCGUCGCCCUCGCCGUCCCCUUCGCCCCCGUCCUCCCCCGCACCCUCCGCGGCUCCCUCAGCCCCGCCCCCGCCCGCCUCACCUGCCGCCAGCAACAGCACAGCGGGCAACGGCAGCAGCACUGCCUCGACGGCUGAGCCUGUUCCGCCGCGUUCCCUGCAGGAGUCCCAGUCAGGGAGCAGCGGUGAUGGUACCGGGGAUGGCACCGGCGAUGGCAGUGGGGAUGGCAGUGGGGACAGCAGCAGCACCGAGAGCAGCACCAGCAGCAGUGGGAGCAGCGGGGCGGAUGCAAGUGGGAUCAGUGCAGCAGACGCGAGUGCCAUGGUGCCAGCAGCAGCAGGCGGGCAGUCCACCUCUCUCGUGGCGCACCCAGUGCUGCGCGCCCUGGGUCCCGUGCAGGUGCAGGUCUACCUCGCAGGCCAGCCUGUCCCAGGUGCCACCUUCCCCCUCACCGUUCUCCCAGCGCCGCCCGCCGCCGCCCUGUCGUACGCGUUCGGGCCGGGGCUGGAGCGCACAGUGGCAGGUGCGCCCUCGACGUUCACGCUGCAGACACGCACGGCACAGGGGCUGUACCCGGGGCAGACCACGGCCCAAGGGGGGGGCGCGCAGGGCAGGUGGACGCAUCUGGCACAGGGCGGGGAGGGCGACAACAGCAGCAGCAGUGGAAGCACGAGCGGCGGUGGCGGGAGCGCCAGUGCGUGGGGCAGCAGCGCGACGUUCAUGGACAGGGCGGUGGCGGUGGUGGUGACGGUGUUCGCGCGACGCAACGUGACCCGCCAGGCCGAGGUGCGGUCGGUGGUAGCCCUGGGGGGCGGUGCGUACCGCAUCACAUAUACCACGUACGAGCCGCCCCACGGGGGGUUUUACCGCGUGCGAGUGCAGCUGCAUGUGGACGGCAGCGGCGAGGCCCCCGCGGACGUCAUGGACGGGCCCUUCUUCGUGCCCUUCUUCCGCGGCUCCGCUGCUGCUGCCCUCUCCACUGUCAACGCCUCUCUGCACUCGGUGCUCUCCCAGCCGGUGAAUCAGCCGCUGGUGUUGCUGGUGACCACAGCAGAUCAGUUUGGCAACGUGGGUCCGUACAGCCCUCUCAUGGACACCCUCCCUCUCGUCUUCACCGCCACUCCUGCCCGCUCCUCGUCCUCCUCGCCCCCGGCUUCGAAUGCUCCUCCUGCUGCCCCGCCCAGCACGGCUCUGCGCGACCUGUACAACGGGUCGUGUGUGGCGGUGUUCUCUGCCGCCCAGCCCGGGCGGUACCAGCUGUCCAUCAAGAUCGCGGGGUACUUUGUGGGCGGCGCCAACGGGCCCAUUGAGGUCGAUGUCACUGACGCUGCUGCCAACGCCACUGCCCAACCAGCAGCAUUAACUGCAGUGGCAACAGCAGCAGCAGCAGCAGCUGUGGCAGAUGCAGCACCAGUAGCAGCGGCAGCAGCACCAACAGCACCGGCACCAUCAGCAGCCAGUGAUUCUGACGAGGACAACACAGCAGCCCCAGCAGCAGCAGCAGCAGCAGCAGCAGCAGCAGCAGCGCUGCCGCGGAAUCUACCCGGGGUGGACGCGUUGCUACGAGAAGCAGAGAGCAGUGCAGCAGCAGCAGGCACAGACGCCUGGCAGGUGACCGCCUCCCAGUGGCGCGUCAAAGGUCUCGCAGGCGGCGGCUCCUCCCUCUUCGCCCUCACCCCCACCGACUUCCUCCUUGUCCCCGACGCCAACUCCGACGGCCUCAGUGACGCCCGCGCCGCCUCCAAAUCCCCUCGCUCCGCCCCCCUCUCCUGGGACGUGCUUGUCCAGCCAGUCCUCCCCCCCCCCUCCCCCUCCACCCCGGAUCCCUCCCGCCCCGCCUCGCGCCCGUCCACAGUGCAGCCUCUGUACGAUGGCACCUGCCUCAUCACCUUCACCCCUCCGGGCCCCGGCCCGUUCCUGCUCUCCAUCCGCCUCUUCUCCGAGCACGUGCCCGGCUCGCCCUUCCUCCUCUCCUCUGUCCCCGGCCCUGUAGCGCCGGAGCGCUGCGAUGUGUGGGGGUCGGGGCUGGGGCCGACCGUGACAGCAGGGGAGGUGGUGGUAGUGAAGGUGCGGGCGAGGGACCAGCAGGGGGUGGUGCGGAGGGUGCGGGGGGACCUGUUCACGCUGCAGAUCUUUGGAGGGGGCGGGGGGGGCGGAGGGGGAGGGGGGGACGCAGGGCUCUACUCCAGCUCGCUGCUGCAGCCGGCGGCCACAGGAGGCGCGCAGGAGCAGGGGGUGUACGAGGGGGGGUAUACAGCCAUGCAGGCAGGGCGGGUGGCGGUGUGGGUGGUGUUUCACAACACUAUUGUUGCCACUGCUGCUGUCACUGUCCUGCCCGGCCCGCCUGCUGCUAACACGUCUGCGGUGCUGGUGCCGGCAGGAGGGGUGAGGGUGCGGGCGGGGGGAAGAGCCGAAGUGCUGGUGGCGCUGCGAGACGGGCUUGGGAACGUGGCUUCCUUUGAUCCCACUGCUGCCGCCAACACCGCCGCCAACACCGCUGCUGCUUCCUCGCAGCUCUCUGUGAAACUCCUCUCCUCGCCUCUCCCCGCCUCCUCCCCUGCCCCCACCUUCGCAGCCACGACCAUCAACCCAUCCCUCAUCGCCCUUUCCGCCCCGCUCACCAUCGCCGGCUCGUACCAGCUGCAAGUGCUGCUCAACGGCUCGCCCCUCCCCUCCCCGCCUCUCGCCCUCCAAGUCGUCCCAGCCGCCCCGGCCGCCUUCUCCCUCUCUGGGUUUCCACCUGGUGCUUCCUUCCCCGUGGCCCGCCCAGUGGUUGUCCACGUGGCGCUGCGUGAUUGGUUUGGGAACGUGGUGGGGCACGGGGCGGGGGAGGAGGGGCGGGUGGGCGGGUUGGUGACGGUGUCGCAUGUGGAUGAGGCGACGGGAGGGGUGGUGGGGGAGACGUAUAUGCUGAACGUGACAGCAGUGAAUGUGACUGCAGCGGAGAUGAGUGGGACGGAAUGGGAGGGCACUGUAGCAACCACUGCCUCUGCUGCGGACUCCACUACCACCACAGCUGCCACAGCGGGCCGCAACAGCAAGCCAGCCGCCACACCCGCCCCUUCUCCCUCUCCCGCCUCCCCUUCCUCCUCCCCCGCCUCCGCCGCCCCAAUCCCUGCGUGGCAGCUUUCCUUCACACCACAGACCCCCGGGCAAGCCUCUCUCCAGCUCAUGGUGGGUCCCCCCAACGCCGCCCUGCCCCUCUCCGACCCGGCCUCCUCCCUCCCCCUGCAGGCCACCAUCCUCCCGCGCCCCGUCAGCCUCGCACACUCCACUCUGUACGGCGCAGGGGUGCAGCAGGGAGGGGGGGUGCGGGCGGGCACAGUGGUGGAGAUGGGCAUGUGUGUGAGGGACGCGCAGGGCUUCCCUCUCCUAACUCACUCCGCCAAGCUGCUCAAAGUCUCGGUGACUCUCGCCUUUGUUGCUCUCCCUGCGCCCACGCCCGGCGCCUUCCUGCCCGUGCCUCCAGCCUCGGCCGUGCCUCGCGCCCGAAUGGGGUACGGCGGGGGGUGCAUCUUCCGAGGCUCGUUCAAUCCCCCCAAUAACACAGCCACGGGAGCGCCAUCGGCAGCGGCAGCGGCAGCAGCAGCUCCGUACGGGCUGUCAGUAUCGGUGCUUGUCAACAGCCGCCCGGUCCGAUUCCAGUCCACCAACAUCACUGUUCACCCCGCCCUGCCGCCCAACGCGCCACUCCCGGCCAAUCUCACGGUGACAGCUGUCACGGCGGACGGGGUCCCCAUUCCGAACGGCUACCAGCUCCGUGGCGGCGCGGCUGGUUCGGAAACCAAGUUCGGCGUGCGGUUCACCGAUGGUAGCGGCAUGGCAGUGCUGGUUGAGGAUGACUCUGCCCUGGUGCUCAAACUCACACCCUCUUUUGAUGCCCUCGACCCCGACCCCACUCUCCUCUUCGGCCCUGCUGCUGCUGCUGUUGCUGCUGCAGGCGCGCAGGCGGGUGGGGCGGAGGGGGGCAAGGACCGUGUGAGUGUGAGUGUGAGCAAGGGAGGGUACGUGACGGUGACGGUGGUGGCGGCAGCGGCGCAUGUGGCGUGGCGCAACGUGCAUUACUCCACGCCGGACGGCUCGUCUGCUGGCUGGUUCCAGCUGCUGCUCGCGCCAGGGCCGGCUGUGGCAGUGAGGGUGGACGCGGCAGCGCUGCAGGCGUGUGGGAGGGGGGCGUGCAUGGUAGGGCGGCGCACAGCCUUCAGCAUGGCGGUGCUGGACGCCUCUGGUGCCCCGCGCACCUUCAACCGCCUCACCGGGGAGGGUGACUCGCUCACUGUGCUGCUCACCCGCCCUGCCAGCAAACAGCCUGUCUUUACUUCCGCUGCCACUGUCAACUCCAAGGGGAACUAUCUGGGAAGCUUCCUGCUGUACGAGCCAGGCAACUUCACGCUCUCAGUGCUUCUGAACAACCAGACGGCCUUCAGCACCCCCAUCCACAUCCUGCCAGGCCCCUUCUCCCCCUCGCUAUCGCGCCUGCACGACCUGUCAGCCACAGCGGUGGCGGGCCAGCCCUACAGCUUCAACGUCACGCUCACCGACGCCUUCUCCAACCCCUACCUGCUGCUGGGCCUGCCCCUCCUGCUGCACACGCGCUCGCCCUCCUCAGAGGCCCACCACGGGGUGCUACUCUCCUCGCCCUCCGCGCCCACCGUCACCGCCACCAUCACUGUCUUUGAGUCGGGUCCGGCUCACCUCUCCGUUACCCACCUGCCCUCGGGGGCGCACCUCUGGGGGUCGCCCUUUUCUUUUACUGUGCUGCCCGGCCCGGUUUCUCCUGCUGCGUGCUCGCUGCUGGGCCUGGUGAACGGUACGCUGGUGGGCAGCAAUCAAACUUUUCUGGUGGUUGCCCGGGAUUUGUAUACGAACCCAAUAGAGUACCCCACAGCAGGCGAGUCAGGGCUGACCUUGAAUGUCACAUUCGUCCCUGCCCCAUCCUCCUCUUCCUCCUCUGCUGCUGCCAGUGGCAGCAGCGCAACAACAGCAAGGGAAGCAGCAACAGCAUCAGCAAUGCAGCCCACACAGAUUGACUCAUCUCUCAAGAAUCCCAGUCUGCCAGCUGGCGGCCUCGUUUUCACCUUCCCCACGGCAGCAGCAGGGACGUACACAGUGUCAACCAAAGUGGGCCCUACCCACGUCAUGGGCAGCCCUGCUGACGUGGUAGUGUUACCGCCUGCUCCGUCAGCUAGUGUGCUGGCUUCCUUCGACUGCUCCCAGCGCGCCCUCUCUGUUGCCUUCUCUCCCACUCCCACCCUCUCCUCGCCCUCCACUGCUAGCGCUGGAGCACCACCAGCAGGAGGGGCAGCAGGAGGGGCAGCAGGGGAUGCAGCAGGGGGGGCAGGAGGGGGGAUGGGGGGAGGAGGAGUGGGGCAGCAGGAGUGCGCGGAGCUGCUGGAUGGGGAGAGCCUGGCGCGGGUGGGCAGUGGCGCGCAGUGCGUGUGGCAGGACUCGUCCCGCCUGCUGGUCUACCUGGGCUUCAACUCCUCCCUGCGCCCCUUCACCUCCCUCACCGCCGCCACCGCCCCCAACGCCACCCUCUCCUUCCUCCCAACCCUCUCCCCCUCCUCCUCCUCCCCUUCCUCCUCCCCUGCCUCCUCCUCCUCCGCCCUCGCCGUGGGCGUCGGCCCGCCAGGCGGCGCAUCAGGUGCGCGAACCCCGCAGGAGGUGCAGGAAGCGGUGCAGGCGGGGGCGGUGGUGGUGGCGGCACUGGACGCGCCGGGCACGGUGGGGCUGUGCGACGCGCUGGUGCUGGACGCGUCGGGGUCGCGGUCGCUGUACGGGGCGGCGCUGGCCUUCUCCUGGCGCGUGUUCUCCGAUGCCGAGUCGCUCUCGCUGGACCUCCUCGUGUCGUCGCAGGGCGCUGACGCCACCACACUCACCAUCCCGCCCAAAACGUUGACUCCUGGAGCGGCAUACGAGUUCGCAGUAUUCGUGACGGACCCCAACGGCAGGGCAGCCAACGCAUCACUGCUCGUCACCCAGUCCGCCACAGCCGCCCCCCUGCUGCGCAUCCUCGCCCCCGCCUCCCCCUCCGCCCUGCGCCUGCUCUCCGCCCGGCCCGGCGACUCCCUCACCAUCUCCUCCCUCGCCUCCCUGCCCGACUCCUCCUGCCUCCCGCCCUCCCCCUCCUCCUCCACUGCCUCUCCUACCCCACCAGCAGCAUCGGCAACAGCAACAGCAGCCGCAGUGAUACCAGCAUCGGCAGCGGUCUCAGCAGCAGCAGCAGCAGCAGCAGCGUCCCCUCUCCCCACGCCAACAGCCACAGCCCCCCCUGCCCUGCUCGCCCUCUCCAACGCGCCCCCCGCCCUCACCUUCGCCUGGUCGCUCAUUGCCGGCCCGCCUCUCAACUUCUCCCUGCCCGCCCUCGCCCGCUCGCGCCACUCCCCCGCCCUCACCAUCCCCCCAGGCACCCUCCAGCCGGGCGCAACCUAUGUCCUAUCACUGGAGGCCACGUCAGCAGCAGAUCCAGCCGUAAAAGCAACUGACAGAGUGGCAGUGAGGGUGAGCGCGUCGCCUCUGAGAGUGGCCAUAUCGGGCGGAGACAGGGUGGUGUCGGUGGGGGAGCAGCUGCUGCUGCAGGCGGUGGUGGUGGAUGCAGACGAGGCGAGGGACAGUGGGGGGAAGCCGCUGCCCAUUCAGUACACGUGGGGCUGUGAGCUGCUCUCAGAAGACCAGGCUCGCCUUCCUCCCACGGCUCAAGCUCAAGCCUUGUCCACGCCUACCAGCACCACCAGCACCAGCAGCAGCAGCAGCAGCAGCAGUGCGGCGGGCGGUAGUGCGGGUGCGGCAGCCUGUUUCCCCAGCGCCACAGCCGUGCUAGCCCAGAGCACCUCGUCUCUCACCGUCCCCGCCAACGCCCUCCCCCCUGGCUCCUACCGCUUCUCCCUCCUCGUCUCCCGCAACCCCCUCUCCCUCCCGGGCACCUCCCCCGCUGCGCUGGCCCGUGAGAGCGUGCCAGCUGUCGCUGUGGUAACCGCAGUGGACCGGGCCGUUCCGGCCGCUGCGGUUGGCGUGGCGGCGGCCUGGGGGCGGGCGGCAGGGGCGAUGGCGGAGUGGGCUCCAGGGGUGCAGCAGGGCAACACUGGUGGUGAUGGCGGUACAGGUGGUGCUGGCAGCAUGGGUGGCUCUGGUAGCCCGGCUGCUGCUGGUCCUACGGACAGCAGCAGCAGCAAUGGCACUGGCUCAGGUGGUGAUGGCAGCACUGGCGGUGCUGGUUCUACAAGCAGCAGUGACAGCACUGGGUCUGGUUCUAAUAGUUCUGGUACCACUGGUGGUGAUGGCAGCACAACUGGUGCUGGGAACACGAGUGGUGUUGGCUCUACAGGCUCCAGCGGCAGCAGCGCAAAUAGCGGUGACAGUGCAGCAGUAGCAGCAUCAGCAGCAUCAGCAGCAUCAGCAGCAGCAGCAGCAGCAUCAGCAGCAUCAGCAGCAUCAGCAGCAUCAGCAGCAUCAGCGGCAGCAGAGAGGAGCAGCAGGGGAGUGCAGGCGGGGAUCGCAAUAGACGGGGCAAAGGCGGUGGAGCUGCAGUGUGUGGUGGACGCCAUGCCCUAUGCCUAUGCGUGGAAGCAGGUUCUCUCCGAUGGCACUCUCCUCGACCUCAAUG